AUGGCAACUUCUCAGGUCAACACCCUACCAACAUGGGAGGAAGCAAUUGAAGUGACACCACUUCACUCCAACCGCUAUUCCGCUUCUCUUCGGGAUGAAUGGUGUAUUGGAACAGUUCCGCAUGGAGGAUAUACCACCGCCGUCCUCUACCGUUUAGCCACUAUCCAUUUUGCUCAUGAGCAUCCGUCCCUAUACAAUGAGCCGGCAACUCCGAUCUCGAUCCAGCUGACGUUCUUGCGCCGCACGGCUGCCGGAUCCGCCGUGUUGAGCGUGCAAGAUAUGAAGUUGGGGGCGCGCACUAAAGAUGGGGAUGAUGGCUUGGAGGUCAAGGUAGCCGGCUACAUCACCGUCAGCCCGUCCUCCGCCGAAGUAGGCCUCUCCGCAAACACCAGCUGGGAAUUACUCCCCCCGCCACUGCGCGGAACUGGACCAGAUGGUCGCGUGGACCUGUCGACCCUGAAGAAAACCGGCCACGAUGGCGAUUGGAUGCGCCUGGAGGUGCCAUUUCCCAAGUUCCGGCGUGCGGCACAACAGAUCGAACUCUUCGGGCCGGAUCCGAAGCUGGGGAGGCCCAAGGUGGUCGACCAAUGGGCGCGGUUCCGACCCAACGGGGAUCCCGAGGCGCGGUGGACGAACGAGGCCGUGGCGUAUCUGACGGAUAUGUUUCCUAUGGCACUAGAUGGGUUCGACGCAGUAGCAUCGGCGUCGUCCCGGGGGCAUAACGCCUCGUCCACGGCGAAAUACUGGUAUCCAACGGUCACGUUGAACAUCGACCUGAAGAAGCGGUUGCCUCCCCAGGGUGUUGAGUGGCUUUACAGCCGAGUCCAAACCAAAGUGAUACAGGAUGGCCGGACGGAUCUGGAGGUGGUGGUGCUAGACGUACAAGGGGAUGUGGUGGCACUUAGUACCCAAGUUGGAUUGGUUCUGAGUAGCAGUCGCAAUGUGGGACAGCGGUUGAGACUGUGA